GCAGCUCUUUUUCUUCUUUUCUUCUUUGAUCGAGAUCUUUCUUAUCUUAACGAUUUAGAUUAUAAAAUCAUUAAAGAAACAUAUAAGAUUACAGUAAUCGUUAUCUUGUGAUGGAAUCGAAGCAUUUAUGAAUUAUGUGGGUGAAAAUUUAGUUCAUUUAUUACUUGCAAGAAGUAAAAGCGUCGGUUACAUGACUACCUCGAAGAAAUUCUUCAGGAGAUGGAGGACGAAGAAUUGUAACGAUCGAGUGAUGACCGACAGAUCAUCGAUGGUUCUUGGAGACUCGUUAAAACUUUAGGCAAACAGAAAGAGCGACGAAUGAAGAUGAAAGAGUCUCGUACGUAAAAAAAUGGCACCGUUCCAUGGCAUGGCCCUUAUAUUGCUUGGAAUCGGAUACCUGUUACACGCAGAAUCGCCUUCCGGUCACCGCAACUUAGCGGUGCAACGAUUCGAUGGGGAAAAGCCCGAUAAAGGGGAACGCUCGCAACGAGGAACGAAGAGGACGUAUUUUUAUAAAGACUCAUCCCAAAAAGUGACCACCGUUGUUGGACAAACUGUUGUGCUGUUGUGUCGUGUUAAGAACUUGGGGAACAGAACCGUGUCAUGGAUUCGAAAAAGGGACUUACACAUCUUAACAUCCAUGUCAGUGACUUAUACGAGCGACGCAAGAUUUACGAUAGUCGGCAAUCCGGAGCGCGACGACUGGAAUCUGCGAAUAGAUUACGUGCAACCACGGGAUGCCGGCAUUUACGAGUGUCAAGUUAAUACAGAACCCAAGAUAUAUAGAGCGGUUACUUUGAAAGUUUUGGAUGUUCAGGCAAAGAUCACGGGGCCCGAAGAGAUUUACGUGAAGAAGGGCAGCACGAUCAGCUUGAUCUGCAUCGUGGACGUGCAAGAUAUUCCUCCGAGUAACGUGACUUGGUACCAUGCCGGUGCGGUGAUCGAUUUCGAUGGUCCAAGGGGUGGCGUUUCCCUGGAAACGGAGAAAGGUAAGAACGGGACCACUAGCAAGCUGCUAAUAACGCGUGCUCAACUCGAUGACAGCGGGAAUUACACGUGCGUCUCGAGCAAAGUUGCUCCGGCAAAUGUGAUGGUUCACGUGUUGAACGGUGAACAUCCUGCGGCGAUGCAGCACGGCGGUACCGGGAACAUCAACAGGAGAGUGAUUUUAUUCAGCCUGGUCCUACUGGUGGACACGAUAUUUCGGUGAGCGAGCUCUUCUCCGUCUGCCGUUCUUUUGUCUGUCAAGACGUCGCGUCCCGUCGACCAUAUCCCCGACUUUCGUUGGACGACACACAUCGAGAGAAGAGGUCCCGGGUCCUGUGAUUUACGAGCUUCGACGUUUACCGCGCGAACUGAAUUUUCUAUGAAUCGAGAACCCAGCGAACCUCCACUUCGAAAUAUUAUAUCAUCGAGAGAUGACUCGUUACGUUGCGCGUCGUGCUGCGAAUUUCCUAACUCGUUCGCUGCGCUCCAACACCUUAUCGAUGUGCACCGAACUCUGUCCUCACGCCUGACUGUAACAUUCCUGUAGAAUAAUAAAUACUUGGCGAUUCGUAUGAUUACGAGUUAAAAAAGAAAAAAAGAGAAACAGGACAAACGAACGAUUUGUUAAUAGACACAAUAUAUCUGUUAAUCAACA